UAUUCCAGACGUCAUUCAUUUUGAAAACGUCCUGCAGGAUUGUAAGGAGUGCUCUGCUGUCUUGUGCCCCGCCAUUCAGAGGAGUAUCGCUUUCACCGAUUCCUCCUCUCGCUCCUCCACCUCCUCCUCCUUUUCGUCUACCUCCUCCUUCACCAUCUCCAUUCACAGUGACUCUCUCAGAGAGAAGGAGACAGAGUCGCGGGUUUUCAUCCUCCAGCUUCCUCAAAUGAACACUGUUGUGCGCAAAUCGACGAUCUAAGUUUGUUCGGAAAAACUGAUUUUGAUUCUGAUUUGUUUGGACGUUUUCGGAGGAAAGUUAACGUUGUGUUGUAUUGUCGUGAACUGCUAGGAAAAUGCGGUCGUUAAUAUUGAUUGUGAUAUCGUGCUGCUUGCUCAGGGAAACAUUGUCUAUAGCAACCAAAAGAGAAGCUCCAGGCGGCUACAAUUAUCCUAGACCCCAAACCCCGGUCUCACUAGGAGGAGGGAGCUCUCCACCUUCCACCAGCUACGGAGUGCCAUCCAAGCCAGCACCGGUGCCAUCCGGCAGCUAUGGAGUGCCGAACCAAGGUGGUGGAGGCGGUGGAGGCUACAGUGGAGGCUCACAGCCAUCCACAAACUAUGGAGCACCAUCCAUAGGUGGUGGCGGCUCCGGUGGUUACAGCUCUGGACCUUCGACUUCUUUUGGGUCAGCUGGAGGUUACAGUGGGGGAUCGAGUGGCAGCUUUGGAGGAGCACCACAGGUUCCCUCAACAAGUUAUGGUACACCUCAAGGUCCUUCAAGUAGUUAUGGAGCACCCCAAGCACCUUCAAGUAGUUAUGGAGCACCUCAAGCCCCUCAGGCUCCAUCUAGUAGUUAUGGGGCACCUCAAGCACCAUCAACAAGCUAUGGAACACCUCAAGCUCCUUCAAGUAGUUAUGGAGCACCCCAAUCUCCAUCGAGCAGUUAUGGAGCACCCCAAGCACCCCAAGCCCCAUCUAGUAGCUAUGGAGCACCACAGGGUCCCUCAACAAGUUAUGGUACCCCUCAAGCUCCAUCAAGUAGUUAUGGAGCACCUCAAGCCCCUCAAGCACCAUCCAGCAGUUAUGGAGCACCUCAAGCUCCGUCCAGUAGUUAUGGAGCACCCCAAGCCCCUCAAACACCAUCUGGAGGCUAUGGAGCACCCCAAGCUCCUUCCAGUAGUUAUGGAGCACCUCAAACUCCUUCUACCAGCUAUGGUACUCCUCAGGCUCCAUCUAGCAGCUAUGGAGCACCUGCAACCGGUAGCACAGGUGGUGGAUACAGUGUUGGUACACCAUCUAGCAGCUAUGGUGCUCCAUCCCAGGGCAGUUCUGCUGGUGCAGGAUACAGUUCAGGUGCAUCAUCAGGUGGUUUUGGAGGAUCAGGAGGUUACAGUGGAGGUGCACCAUCCAGUUCCUAUGGUGCUCCUUCUCAAGGAUCUAGUGGCGGUUUUGGUUUGAGUGCCCCAUCAAGCAGUUAUGGAGCACCAUCUUCAGGAAGUGGAGGCUUCUCUGGAAGCAGCGGAGGAUAUAGUGCUCCAUCCGGUGGAGCUGGUGGCUACUCUUCUGGAGCCCCUUCAUCAUCCUAUGGAGCUCCAUCAAGUGGUAUCAGUGCUCCAUCAUCCAGCUAUGGAGCACCCACUGGUAGCGUACCUUCAACAAGCUAUGGAGCACCUUCCUCAGGAUCAAAUGGAGGUGGCUAUCCAGCAGCUGUCUCCCCUUCAACGAGCUAUGGUGCACCAUCUGGUGGAGGAUCACAACCUUCAAGUGGUUUUGAUGUUACAUCUGUGGUUCAGUCCAUCAGUUUUGGAAUUCCCUCAUCCUCCUAUGGAACACCUUCAACUGGAGGUUCUCAGGGUGGCGGCUACCCAGCACCAUCAAAACCAUCAACAUCCUAUGGAGCUCCAACCGGAUCCUUCUCAGGGGGUGCUGCCCCAUCACAAAGCUAUGGUGCCCCAUCAUCUGUUCCAUCAGCUCCCUCAAGCAGUUAUGGAGUUCCAUCUGUUGCUGCUCCUCAAUCCAGCUAUGGAGCACCUGCUGCUCCUUCAUCAAGCUAUGGAGCACCUCAACAGCCUUCAUCUAGCUAUGGAGCCCCUCAACAGCCUUCAUCAAGCUAUGGAGCCCCUCAACAGCCAUCGAGCAGCUAUGGAGCACCAUCAGGUGGAUCAUCCACAAGCUUCAAUGUGCCUCAAGCUCCCUCGAAGCCUUCAAGCUCCUAUGGAGCACCCACUCAGUCAUUCAGUGGUGGUUCUGCUCCAUCAUCAAGCUAUGGUGCACCUGCUGCUCAGACACCAGGAGGCUCAUAUGGAGCACCUGCAAGACCCUCAACUAGCUAUGGAGCCCCUUCUAGACCAUCUACCUCAUAUGGAGCACCUGCUGUUCCAUCAUCCAGUUAUGGAGUACCGGCUGCACCUUCAUCAAGCUAUGGAGCACCCAGUGUAGGACCAUCACAAAGCUUUGGUGCACCAGCUAAGCAACCAUCCUCAAGCUAUGGUGCUCCAGCCCAACCUUCUUCAAGUUAUGGAGCUCCAGCGAGACCUCAACAACCAUCAUCAAGUUAUGGUGCUCCAGCACAACCAUCCUCAAGCUAUGGAGCUCCAGCUCAACCAUCCUCAAGCUAUGGUGCUCCAGCAAGACCUCAACAGCCCUCAUCAAGUUAUGGUGCUCCAGCUCAACCAUCCUCAAGCUAUGGAGCUCCAGCAAGACCUCAACAACCAUCAUCAAGUUAUGGAGCACCAGCCCAGCCUUCUUCAAGCUAUGGAGCUCCAGCGAGACCUCAACAGCCAUCAUCAAGUUAUGGAGCACCAGCCCAGCCUUCUUCAAGCUAUGGAGCUCCAGCGAGACCUCAACAACCAUCAUCAAGCUAUGGUGCUCCAGCCCAACCCUCAUCAAGCUAUGGAGCUCCAGCCCAGCCCUCAUCAAGCUAUGGAGCUCCAGCUAGACAACCAUCCUCCAGUUACGGUGCUCCAGCUCAACCAUCCUCCAGCUAUGGUACCCCUGCAGCACCUCCAUCCUCAAGUUACGGAGCUCCAGCAAAACAGCCAUCGUCAAGCUAUGGAGCGCCCAGCAGUGGAGCGGCCAGACCAUCUUCAUCCUAUGGAGCACCUGCCGCUGUACCUUCCUCAUCCUAUGGAGCUCCUUCGACUAGUUUUGGAGCUCCUUCAAGGCCCGCAUCCAGCUAUGGAGCUCCAUCGACUGGUCAAUCGGGAUCCAGUGGUGGACAACAGUAUGCAAGUAACGGUGGAUAUGUUUAUUGAUUACAAUGGAAAGCUCUCUCUAGAAUCAUUAUGACGCUUACAAAGUAACUUAAAUUUGUAACUCUCUUAUUUUGUUACUAUUUUAUAUUAUCAUAUUCAUCAAACUGUGGGACACGUCCAAGAGUUACCUUCACAGUUACCUACAUAAGAGACAUACAUUUGUAAUAUGCUCAUUUUGUAACCAUUCUUUAUCAUCAUAAUCAUCAAACCCAAAUACAUCCAAGAGUUUCUUUGGAAGUAACCUACAUGAAAGACACAAAUUUGUAAUAUUCUCAUUUUGUUAACAUCUUUGAAACAUCUGUCUUGUUACAUGAAAGUCAUAAAUGUAUCCAAGAGUUAUCAGGAGUUUCUUUGCAAUUAACCUACAUGAAAGACAUAAAUUUGUAAUAAUCCUCAUCUUGUUAUCAUUCUUUGUAUAGUAUCGCCAUAAUCACUAAAUUCUCGAAGUUGUUUGGGCCUCCCAAAAGUUGCAAGUGAAUAUGUUAACUUUCAAGUAUUGGACAAACAAUGUGAAGCUAUGUUGAUAGUUUUUCUAAAUAAUAUAUUUUUUGUAUUGAAAGUAUCGAAUGAAAGUUCACAGGUUCACUUUGUUUAGAAUCUAUCAGAAUAGUGAAAUUUCAGUACAAUUUCAAUAACACAUUAUCCAAUUCGAUUAAUAUUGUGUAUUACAUUUGUUUCUCAAAUUGGAAACAAAUUGGAAUAUAAUUUAUUACUCCCACGUUAUUUGAUGUGUCAAGUCCAUAAUUUUAGUUAUCUAUAAAUAUACGAGCUUAUCUCUUCUAGCUUGAAUCAUCACUUUCAUUCAAUGAAUGAUAAUUAUCAUAUUUCAACAAAUUAAUGAAAUUUGCUAUUCUAUUUUAUCGAUGAUUACUACUCAACUGUAGAAUUUUAAUGAAUAAUUUACUAUUUGAAUAUUGCAUUGAGAGGAUAAGUAGAAUUAGUUGAUUCUAAUUUUCAUCAAGGAACAGUGAGACAAUAAUGAAUAGAUUAACCAGGUUAAAUAUCUCUGAUUAUCAGAAGUUACCAUGAUAAGACAAUGUCUUUCCCCUCUAACAGAGUGAGAAGAUCAUUUUUCAAUGUGAUAUAAAUCCAUCAGAGAUGAAUAAGCUUUUUGUAAUUUUUUGAUGAAGGAUGUGAGAACAAGCUCAACUAAACUAGCAUGAAUGAUACAUUAGAGCUGGCAUUGUCUAUAUUUAUUGUAAAUGUUUUGUAUAUUUGAAAUAAUCAUCAAAAUAUUAUGUAGGCCUACUAGUUAGUCUUCUUAAUAAAGUAUGUUUUUUAUUCAAA